UUCCACAUGUUACCACUCGACUGCUUUUCCUUUAAAUUCUAUUGUAGACGCGAAAUCAUUCAUCCGUGCUAGCUUAGUUGUAGUAGCAAGCUAGCUGUUGGCUAAUAUUAGCCAUAGUUGUGUCUCUUCUAUAGAGUUUUUCUAAUAAAUGCAGUUUAUAUCGACGACUAGUAAACCUACGUGGUUCGAAAGUAGAAUAUUGUAUUCAGUUGUUCACCACAGCGCCAGCUUUACAUUGUGGAUCAACAUUGUUAGGUUAGCCAUUAUAGAAGUAUUGUGUGUUUAACUUUUAAGAAGUGUGUGUUUAUAAAUCAGGGUAUGUGCAGUAACUUUACAUUUUGUUUUAUUGUUUCACCAUUGUCGUAACUUGUCAUUUCUUAUUUUUGUUCUUGGUUAAUUUUUUUUUUUUUUAGCUUUUUUUGCGUUCAGUGCGGUGGCCGCAGGAGCAAAAGCGCAGCAAGGUCUAAAACCAAAAACACCAUAACACAAAUGCGACUGGAAAAUUCUACAACUUAAAAAUGUUGGGUCACAUACACGAGUCACAAUCAAAAAAUGCUGCAAAAAUCCAUACACAAGCUCCAAAAACAACUGCAUGAGAGAAAUGCUGCAAGCCCCUGGUGGCCACCGUAGUUCUGUUUCACACCUACAUUGCCAUUAAUCUGAAUGUGUCAAAAUGCAUGUUGAUUUAUUGAACAAAAUUAAAGGCCCAAAAGAUGGACGAUAGGCUGAAUGGUUCCUUGCCUGUCGGGUCCUCGGAGUAUCUCCAGCAGUGGAUUCAGUCUACUCAGCAGUUCCAAGCUCUCCAAGCCCAGUACUCCGCCUUCAACCAUCAGUCUCACUACCCAGAGACACAGAACGGAGCAACAUCUGCACCUCCCAUGGUUAACCCUCAACCCAUGAUGGAGCAGCCAGAGCCUGCUAACCUAACCAAACCCCCGGCCAAAAAGAGAGGCAGACAAGCUCAGGCCAAGGAACCAGGCGCACCUAAACCACCAAAAGUCCCAAAGGCACCAAAGCCCCCUAAGGCACCAAAGCCCCCUAAGGCACCAAAGCCCCCAAAGGACCCAAAUGCUCCCAAGGCCAAACCAGGCCCGAAGCCCAAGAAGAACGUUGAGGGUCAGUCUGACGGAAAGCAGGAGAAGAUUGAUGAGAGCUUCAAGAAGGUGAAGCGGAAAGUGGACCGUUUCAAAGGAAUGUCUGAGGAGGAAGUCAUGAAAAAAACCCUCCCCGACCUGUUGGAGCCCAAUCUGGACUAUGUCAUCAUUGGCAUCAAUCCAGGGUUGAUGGCAGCUUACAUUGGACGCUGGUUUCCUGGUCCUGGAAAUCAUUUUUGGAAGUGUCUCUUCCUGUCCGGGUUUACAGAAGAGCAGCUCAACCACAUGCAUGACACCACUUUGCCGGGCAAGUACAAAAUGGGCUUCACCAACAUGGUUGCCAGGGCGACGCCAGGGAGCAAAGACCUCUCAAGCAAAGAGCUGCGUGAAGGAGGCAAAAUUCUUGUGGAGAAGCUAAAGAACUACAAACCUCUCAUUGCCGUUUUCAAUGGCAAAUGCAUAUAUGAAAUGUUUUGUCGAGAACUAUUUGGUAAAAAACCAAAGAAACUUGACUUUGGUUUGCAGCCACACAAGAUCCCUGACUGUGAAGUGGCUCUGUACCUGAUGCCCUCAUCCAGCGCUCGCUGUGCUCAGUUCCCUCGCGCUCAGGACAAAGUACACUUUUACAUCAAGCUGAGGGAGCUCAGAGAUGAGCUACGGGGCGCACUCAGGCCCAGAGAGAUCGAGGAGGUCAACUACUCCUUUGACUUGAAGCUGGCCAAAGAGGAUGCCAAGAGGCUCGCCAUCAAGGAGGAGCAGUACGAUCCAGGCUACGAGGACGCAUAUGGUGGAGCAUACGUGGAGCCAGGAGCUGAAGGAGGCCAGAGUCAGGCCAACGGACACUGUUCCUUCUCACCAAGUGAAAACUCAGCAGAGCGAGCACAGGAGGCAAGCACAUCGCAAAGUUCAGAAGGCCAACUUCCAGAUAGGCAAUGGAUGUCGCAAUCGUUCGCAGAUGGGUCAGGUGUCAGCGGAGGAGCGGGAGGCGAUGGCUCAUGAGAAGGAGACGUGAGGCCACGAUGUCCUCCUGCCAUCUUGAAAAUAAUAAUCAUUAGCGGACAUGCUCCACUCUUAGACUUUUGUAGGUGUUUUGCAGAAUCUUCUUUCUGCACUCAUUUUAGAUUUUUGUUUUGUUCUUGUGCGAUGAUCUUCACGGCCAUCGUUUUUACCGACCUCAAAUCAGGGACAAUGACUUUUUGACUGUCUUUUUAAACUGUUCAUUUGCUGAUGAAAAGGAAAACUAAUUCAGUUGGGGGCAGCGCGUUACUUGAAACGGCUACCUUCCCUUUCAUCAUUGUUUGAAUUCACACUCUUCCGUACGUACACCUACCAUUUUGAUUACACAAGUGGAUUCACGCUGAGAAGUACGGCAAAAUGCAAUGCUCUGCCCAGUACCUGGAUGGUGAGUGUGCAGCGAUGGACCCGAACCACCCUCCAUCAUAGCCACUGGAAGGGGAGGGACUUGAGUGGUUGCAAUUGGAUAAAUAUCGCAGUGGUCAUGUCCUUAUGUGGGACGGCGCACUUGGGAACUAAGUACACAGUGUAAACGGUAUACUUAUGGAAGGGUACCGAUGGAGGUAUUCUAAUUUACACAGUACUACACUGUCAAAAUUGGUGCACAUAGGAACCAAGUAUGCAGUGUACACGGUAUAGUUAAGGUGGUAAAGUGUAAGUACGGAAGUGUGCAAAUUAAAACCCUUAGCUCUCGACUGCAUGGACAAACCAUUUGAGACCUACAGGAAGUGCAGCUUAAACAGCCGCUAUUCGUCUGGAAAUACUUUCUACAAGAUUUGGGCGUGUGUCUACUUGUGACGUCUCCUGGGGGAGACAUUGAUUACAAGCUGUUUUCAAUGGCCUCAUCCUACCGGUGAUCUCCCACUGACAGAAAUACUGCACAUGGAUGCAGUAAGAGUGUCGAGGAGUGGAGCUUCUUAAAAGUGAGCACUUUUAAGAAGCUAUGCUGUUACACGGACUAAAUCCUGAUGUGACUGGUCUUUUUAAAAUGUGCAUCCACUAUGACUAUCACUAUCCUGGUGUCGCUAUCACGGAUUCCACCGUGAAUUACCUCAGCAGCCUUUUGUCAUGAAAUAUAGUUUACUCUUUUAGCAAUUUUAGAAUUUUUUUUUAUGUCCUUGAAAAUGACACACAAGGAAUUUGAAGUUUGUCUAUUAAAAUGUCCUGAUGGUGCUUUUUCUA